AUGGAAGCGCAUAAUGUCACAAUUCGAGUAAUUGGUGCUUAUAGUCAUUGUGGAUUAGCUCUUGUAGAACGAUUCAAUAAGACAUUAGCAGAGAUGCUUUAUAAAAUUCAGUAUGCUGUCGAAUCAAUAUCCAAAAAUUCUAAAUUAAUAAGAGAGUGGGUCAAGUAUUUACCAGAAGUAAUAGAUUAUCUUAAUAAUUAUCUGACAUGUCUCAUUCGAGCUCCAGGUUCAUCAAAAUGGGGUUUAGCUUCAGCAAAAGCUAUCAAACUGGAACGAGUAGAAUCUAGGCCAUCUACAAAGUAUAAGCGUUCUGUUAGAAAGGAUGAGAAAAAUAAGUUAAAAAAGGAGAAUAGUGUUCGCUAUCUGCUUGCUAAUGCAGAAUGGGAAGGCAGUAUGGAGAAUCAGAAAAGGGCCACGGAUCCGACAGAUGAUGAUGAUGAAUAUCCUCCAAAGCAGAGUAUAUUGGAAGAAAAUAUUCACUCCAAAUCUAUUAAUUUCAUCCAUACUUUAUAUUUGCAAAGCAAUAAUUUAGCAUUAACUAUCUUGAUUAAUAUGAAAAUAGAGAAGCUAGACCCUGUUGAAAGAAUAGUUUUAAACAUCGAUGAAUAUAAUAAUCCGGAAAGGUUUAACUCAUUAAAUAGUACACCCCAAUGGCCUUUUAACUUAUUAAUUAGUGGGCGAACAAGAUCAGGAAAAACUAAUGAAGUUAUCAACCUUUUACUUGGGAACAAGAUGUAUCAUUUGUUUAAUGGAAAAAAAGGUGGAACAAGAUACAUUAAAAAUGCCGAUUUGGUUUUGAUCGGACAUCAUAUUAAUGAGCCGAAAUACAAAUAUCUGAAACAUUGUUAUGAAAUAAUUGCAAAUAGUUCUAAACCGUAUCGUGAAGCUAUUACGUUCCGAGCAAUGAAGCCUGAUAAGAUGCCAAAAAUUAAUGAUUUCUCUCCUAAAAGAGGAACAGUAGUUGUAUUUGAAGAUUUAUAUACUGAGCCUAAAAAAAUACAAGAUAGAAUUGCUCCGUAUUUUAGUGAAGGACGCCAUGCUAAUAUCAGUUUAAUAUAUAUAACACAAAGCUUUUUUGACUGUCCCAAACUAAUAAGAAAAAAUCUCGAUUAUAUUGUUCUCUUCAAUGGUAGUGGUACCUAUGAUGAGCUAGUUAACAUUGCCCGACGAUAUACAAAAAAAUGGCACAAUGUUGUUGAUAUACUUGAUAAAAAUUUACAAGGUCGAGAAUUUAUUGUUAUUGAUUUAACUAGAGCAAAAGAGGACCCUCUAUAUCUCUGUAAAAGUUGGGACCAAGUCCUGAAAUUAGAUGAAUAG